UUUGCUUUCACUGUUAAAGGUCUGCGGCUCUGCUGCUGCCUGGGAAUUGGUUCAGUCUGACUUGGCGCGUGAAUUAAAACGGUUGGCGGUUGGCAUACCGGUGAGAGCCGUAUAAACAACUUCUCAAAAUCCAAUGUUCAAUGAACACAAAUCAUUGCUAAAUAUAAAGAAGCCUACGUAUAUGCAAGCAAAUUGAAGUUAACCAAAAGUCAAACAAAUUUGCAAAUAAAGUCGAGGACAACCAUGCAUAACAAAGCUUAACAAGUUUACCCGUUAAGUAAAUAUUGACUGCGGUUUAUUUAUCUGUUUAAUUAAUUCCAAAAUUGAGUAAAAUAAACAAAAUUUAAAGCGUUUUUCAAGGGGACAAUGCUGUUUUUAUGGCUGAUUUGCUUGGUGCUACCAAGCCUAUUUUCAUGUGAGGAGGAAAAACCUCCUACGAAGCCAAACAUUAUAUUUAUUUUGGCUGACGAUCUGGGCUUCAACGAUGUGGGAUUUCAUGGUUCGGCAGAGAUUCCCACGCCCAAUAUUGAUGCCCUAGCAUAUUCCGGUGUUAUUCUGAAUCGCUACUAUGUGGCACCUAUCUGUACACCCUCCAGAUCUGCACUUAUGACAGGGAAGUAUCCCAUACAUACGGGAAUGCAGCACACAGUUCUGUAUGCUGCUGAGCCGCGGGGCUUGCCGUUGGAAGAGAAGAUCCUACCCCAGUAUUUAAAUGAGUUGGGUUACACCUCUCAUAUUGCUGGAAAAUGGCAUUUGGGCCAUUGGAAGCUUAAAUAUACUCCACUUCAUCGGGGCUUCAGAAGCCACGUGGGGUUCUGGUCGGGUCACCAAGAUUACAACGAUCACACCGCCGUUGAGAACAAUCUCUGGGGUCUGGAUAUGCGCAAUGGCACGGAAGUGGCUUAUGACCUUCAUGGUCAGUACACUACGGAUGUGAUAACCGACCACUCGGUCAAAGUGAUUGCCAACCACAAUUCCACCAAUGGUCCUCUAUUCCUCUACGUGGCCCACGCAGCCUGCCACUCGAGUAAUCCGUAUAAUCCGCUGCCUGUUCCGGACAACGAUGUGAUCAAGAUGGGACAUAUUUCACACUAUAAGCGUCGGAAAUUCGCGGCUAUGGUGUCCAAAAUGGACGACUCUGUGGGCCAAAUCGUGGACCAGCUGCGCCAGUCCAACAUGCUGGAGAACUCCAUAAUAAUAUUCUCCUCGGAUAACGGAGGUCCAGCUCAAGGAUUUAACCUCAACUUUGCCUCCAAUUACCCACUGAAGGGUGUGAAGAACACCUUGUGGGAGGGCGGAGUAAGAGCAGCGGGGCUUAUCUGGUCACCUCUCCUGAAGAAAAGCCAACGGGUGUCCAAUCAGACUAUGCACAUCAUUGACUGGCUGCCCACGCUCCUGGAGGCAGCUGGAGGUCAACCAGCUAAUCUUAGCAAAGCAAUCGAUGGCCAGAGCAUUUGGCGGGCUCUGGUCCAGGAUAAGGCGUCUCCGCGAUUGAAUAUCCUCCAUAAUAUCGAUGAUAUUUGGGGCAGUGCCGCCCUCAGCGUUGGAGAUUGGAAGUUGGUCAAGGGGACCAACUACCGAGGAAGUUGGGAUGGCUGGUAUGGGCCGGCUGGGGAGCGAGAUCCUCGGCUCUACGACUGGCUGAUGGUGGCCAAAAGUAAGGCAGGCAAAGCCCUGGAAGCCGUUAAGAUGCUUCCAAGUCGGGCGGACCAGCAGACAUUACGAGCAGCUGCCACGGUAUCUUGCCAGGGGCAAUCUUCUCAAGGAACCAGUUGUAAGGCUACCGCCUUCUCAGCUCCAUGCUUGUUCCAUAUUCGCGAUGAUCCCUGUGAGCAAUUCAAUCUGGCAAUGCAGUACCCCGAGGUUGUAAACGCAUUACUGGUGGAACUGGAGCGUUUUAAUUCCACCGCCGUGCCGCCUGCAAAUAAGCCAGCUGAUCCUCGAGCCGAUCCCCGACUCUGGAACUAUACGUGGACAAACUUUGGGGACUAUCAAAAUAAUGAUUCUGUUACUGGGGAAAUAAGCUUGGCAAAGACUGCUUAGAAUAAAGAGAUAAAGUUUGAUUUUUAAA